AUGUACCAAGAUCAAAAGACGGCAAGGAAGACAGUACGGGCACCUCAGUCGAUGGAUGAAGACGACAGGAAUAGACAUGUAGAGGUAAAGAAGAUGGUAACACAGUGGACAGCAGAAUGUCUGAAGAUGAGGAAAGAGAUGAUGGUACAGGAGAUGAUCCAAAGGCUCAAAAGGUGCUGGAAAGUAUGGAAUAGAUUCUUCAAACAUGACAUCGGUACUAAUAAAGUAUCAGUGCAGAGAAGGACUGUAACAACGAUACCCUUUCUGCGUGCGGGAGUAACCAAGAAAUACACAUUUGGUAGCUCGAGGGUCAAGUUUGUCAAACCCAAGACCCAAAUUGUGAACAUAGGUAACACAUCCAAAAAUCUUAGGAGUCAGGAAAAAUAA